AUGAUUCGACAAGAUGCCCAUCGGAUCGAUCCUAAGCGACGAGCUGUGAUUGAUCCCAAGAAGAGACAAUUUGCUACCCCAACAUAUAAGCAGCAGGACUAUGCGCACCGUCUGAACAUCUACGAUGUCCCUCCUACAGCGGAGAUUACUCUUGAACAAUUUGAGCAAUGGGCUAUUGACAGGUUGAAGAUUUUGGCCGAAAUCGAAGCAUGCUCUUAUCGAAACAAGUCCCCCGCCGAGACGGCGACCUACAUUACACCUCUCCUCCAGAAAUUCCUUCCUCUUUCCUCCAACACCUCUUCACCAUCCGGCGCCGCCGAUCCACGAUUGAAAAAUGAACGUCAAAAGGACCAUUAUUCUCAUUUCAUUCUCCGGCUGGCCUUCUCGGCCACGGAGGACCUCCGUCGACGAUUUGCCCGUGCCGAGACCAUGUUGUUCAGAUUCCGUUUCCAGCAAGAUGACUCGAGGGAGAGACGUGCUUUCAUUGAGAGCCUGAAUCUUGAUUGGGAGCCUGUUGGUGAUUUCGAGAAGACGGAAAUAGCAGAGAGUCUGCUCAGUUCGACACCAGGACUGCGUCGCUUGGACGAUGAGACCUGGUAUAAAGUCGACUGGGAGAAGGUUCCGGAGCUGAUCGACCGGCGCUCGGUAUUCCUCAAGAAAGGAAAGGCCUAUGUUCCUGGUAGGGAGCAGCUGAGCAUGAUUAUGGCUGAAUUCACCACCCGUUUGGAGCGUGCACUCGAGCUCACGAGCCGUGCCCUCCCCCGACUGGAUGAGGAUGAUCGUCUUACACCUAUUCUGAACCAUCUCUCGAAAAAUUUCGGCAGCGCCGAGUCAGUAUACUCGGAAGGAGAAGGGUAUGUGGACGGGUCUCCAAUCACGGCCAGCUCUAUCGACCAAUUGGCCCAGCAGCAUUUCCCUCUCUGCAUGAAGAGCUUGCAUGUCAACUUGCGCAAAAAUCAUCACUUGAAACACUUUGGUCGGCUGCAAUAUACACUUUUCUUGAAGGGCAUUGGCUUGUCCUUGGAGGAGUGUAUCCUGUUCUGGCGUCAGUCGUUCAAGGGCAAAACUGAUGAUGAGUUCAACUCUCAAUACAAAUACAAUAUUCGUCACGCCUAUGGUGAAGUGGGUGGUGAUGUGAACCGCCGCGGAAAGGGCUAUACUCCCUACUCGUGUCAGAAGAUCCUGGGCGACUCAAAUCCCGGCAUUGGCCAAACGCACGGCUGCCCCUACCGCCAUUACUCCGUUGAUAACCUGGUUGGAUUCCUCCAGGCCACUGGAGUAAGCGACAAAGAAGUUCUGCGGGGUGUGCGUGAGGACGUUGGCAAGAUGCGGUAUCACAUUGCGUGCAACCGAGUUUUCGAGGCGACACACAAGAACGAGAUCAAGAAGGUUAAGGAAGAUGGAUCAUGGAGUCAAACUGACCUUGACACUAUUGUUCACCCGAACACUUACUUCAAGCGCAGCUUCCUCCUGAAACAAAUGGCUAGGGCUCCCAAGGAUGCUUGA